AUGGAACAUGCCACGCUCGGACAAACGGACUACCGGGGCCAUUCUUUUGCGACGGCACGCACCACAACGGUCCCGGAUCUGAAUGCGGGAUCGGACGACACAAACUCGGAUAUCACCUCGAUGUUGACCACACCCAGGACGCGAACAAACGGUGGUCCGUUUCUUCGACUACCUCGAGCCAUUCUGAAUGCACAAACCCUUGGCGAUUUGGAGGAGAUUAAUACUCAGGGUGUGGGUGAGUUGGAUUUGUUCACGGUCUAUUUGCGUUGA